UGAUAACACACAGUUUGACAGUUGUUACAGGUGUGUCAAAAUGAACGACCGUUAUUCUUUUGAUGAUAUUGAAAAACCGCUUUUUCAAUUUGCUCUUCAAACUCGGGAGCUUUCUCAAAAGAAAAAUGAAAUCAACCAACAAAUUCAAGUUUGCAGAGCCGACAUUGCUGAGAGGAAGUCUUACAUUGAAACAAUACAAAGAAAUACAAAGAAACUCGAUGAAGAAAUCAUCGUGAAGCAGAACACGCUGAUGCACAAUAAAACAUUUGCUAAAAGCAUCAAGGCGACAAACAGCCUGCUUCUUCAAUAUGAGCAGACACUGAAAGAAGAACUGGAGACCAGAAGAGACAGAUACAACCAUGACAUGGAUGUCUACGAAGAGAAAAUUGCAAGCUAUAAGAAGACAUUUCAGUCUCAUAAAGACUAUUAUUGCCAAAAUCCUUAUGCAAAAAAGCUCCUCGCGCUCCAGGCUGAAAAAGAGGAGAUUGAGUUUAGGAUCAAGGCUUGUGAUGAUCAGAUCACCUUGAAACAGAAGGAGCUGGACAAUCUCUCAGGUCCAGAAGCCAACUCUUCCUCUACUGAGAAACCACCAGACAGUGUUUCUGGACAGCAGCCUAUAACAGAACCAGAGAAACAAUUGGAUCCCCAAACGGAGGACAUUGAUUCUUCCAUCAACAUCUCCUCUCUUCAUUUAAACCAGACCAAAGAUGAUGAAAUAUCGGUAGAGGUGAGUGCUGAAGAAAAUUGUGAGGAAAAUAAGUUCCAGGAUACCGGCAUGUGCAGCCCCAUCCAAGAAGAAGAAGAAGAAGCCAAUGGGAUGGCAUCAUGUCAACAGCUGUAUGCUUUUUCUGCAGAACAAAGAUGGCCAGAUGUGAUGCACACUGAGGAGGAAAACCCGGAAACUGGACGACAAGUCCUGGAAAGUGAGUCUGCUGCAGCAGAGGAAGCAGUGGAGGAAGGAUUAGCUGAAGAGAGAGAGCAGGCACCAAGUGGAGAGAACACAGGACCUACUGCUUUUCCUCAAUUAUCAUCUCAAGAAACUAAUCCACAGUCGUCCCCAGCAACAGUGAAAGCUGCACCAUCAACCCCAACAUUCCCAUUUAACUUUAGCCCUGCCAGCUCCCCACGUCAAGGGACCUCUGACACCAAAUCUCCAGCUUUCCUGUUCUCUUUGAACCCUGAUCCCAGCACUCCAGGGUUCUCUGGAUUUGGAUUUGAUGUGGGCUCAGCACAGGAUGAGGACUCAUCGUUCGCUUUCACCAGCCCUUUCUUCAAUGAGAAGAAAACAUCAGAAUCAAAGUCUCCAAGCUGCUCUGACUUCCCGUUCGGCCAACCAGAGCAAAGUGAGGACUUCCAGUUUGCCUUUGCUGCAAAGAGCCCUAAGACUACUAAAAAAGAUAAUCCAGAAGAUGAUUUCACAUUUUCAUUUAACUUUUAAAAGUUAUACAAAACACAUCUUCAGUGUUUUGUUUGUAAGAACAGUUGAUCAAUGAGUGCCUUUGUUCAUGCUCUCACAUGUUAAGUUCUCAAGUGUUCACAGUUUAAUUCACACAUGAAACAGUCAACCUGAAAGGUAAAAAGCAUUCCUCUUUGAUCAUUUUUGGUUGGUUUUUAUUUGCUUGUUCAAUAAAUGUGUUACAU